AUGUCGCGGGUGAGCGGCCCCGGGCCGGCCGGCAGCGCCAAGGAGAAGCGCUCCUUCAGCAAGCGGCUUUUCCGCGGGAGGGCGGCGGGCGGCGGCGCGGGCUCGGCCCCGACCGCCGCCCCGGCCUCAGCGCCGUCCGGGCGGUCGCUCGGCGGGUUCAUGAGCCGCGUGCUGAAGACCCUCUCCACGCUCUCGCACUACAGCAGCGAGCCCGAGACCCGCGGCGCGCUCGCCCCGCGCCUGCCCCCGCCGCAGGCGACGGGCGGCCUGGGCAGCUGCUUCCCGCCGGGCCCGCCGCGCAGCCCCGAGCCCCCGCCGCGCCCCGCCGGCGGCUCCGAGGCCGUGCCCGGCGUGGCGGGGCUGCGCAACCACGGCAACACCUGCUUCAUGAACGCCAUCCUGCAGUGCCUCAGCAACACCGAGCUCUUCGCCGAGUUCCUGGCGCUGGAGCAGUUCCGCGGCGGGCCGCCCCCCGCCGACGGGCCGCCGCCCGCGCCCGGAGAGGUCACGGAGCAGCUGGCGCAGCUGGUGCGGGCGCUCUGGACGCUCGAGUACACCCCGCAGCACAGCCGCGACUUCAAGAACAUCGUGUCCAAGAACGCGAUGCAGUACCGCGGCAACGCCCAGCACGAUGCCCAGGAGUUCCUGCUUUGGCUGCUCGACAGAGUCCACGAGGAUCUCAACAACGUGCUGAAUUCCGGUGGCAUGCCUCCACUCAAGCCGCCGCUGGAGGAUGAUGUGCUGCUUGAGGGCCCAGCCUUUCCCAUCAGUAGCACUUUUGUGCAGGAACUCUUUCAAGCCCAGUACAGGUCCUCCCUGACGUGCCCUCAUUGCCAGAAGCAGAGCAACACCUUCGACCCCUUCCUGUGCAUCUCGCUGCCGAUCCCUCUGCCGCACACCCGGCCUCUCUACGUCACCGUGGUGUACCAGGGCAAGUGCUCGCACUGCAUGCGCAUCGGCGUGGCCGUGCCCGUCUCCGGAACCGUGGCCAGGCUGCGCGAGGCCGUGUCCUCGGAAACCAAGAUACCCACGGAGCAGAUCGUGCUGACAGAGAUGUACUACGAUGGGUUCCAUCGCUCCUUCUGCGACACCGACGACUUGGACACCAUCCACGAGAGCGACUGCAUUUUUGCCUUUGAGACCCCGGAGAUCUUCAGGCCUGAGGGCAUCCUCAGUCAGAGAGGAAUACAUGUGAACAAUAACCUGAAUAACUUGAAAUGUGGCACUGAGCACUCCCGAACAAUAGCUUACUCUCAAGGAAUGGUGAAGUCUGGAAAACUGGAACAGUCCUCUCCUAAACUAGCAGCAAAUGACAAGAUUGUCUUGCUGGUGUGUAACAGAGCGUGCACUGGACAGCAGAGCAAAAGGUUUGGCUUGCCCUUUGUGUUGCACUUGGAAAAAACAAUUGCUUGGGAUAUUCUGCAGAAGGAAAUACUGGAGAAGAUGCAGUAUUUCCUGCGGCCUGCAGCCUGCUUGCAGGUUUGCCCGUUCAGCUUGCGAGUGGUCAGCGUUGUGGGCAUAACAUACUUGCUACCUCAGGAGGAGCGACCCCUCUGCCACCCAACAGUGGAAAGGGCAUUGAAGUCAUGCGGACAGGGGGGAACUGCUCAUGUGAAAUUAGUGGUAGAAUGGGACAAAGAAACUAAAGAUUACUUGUUUAUGAAUACAGAAGAGGAAUAUAUUCCAGACUCUGAAAGCGUCCGCCAGCAGAGAGAGCUUCAUCAUCAACCUCAGAUCUGCACUUUAUCUCAGUGUUUCCAACUGUACACCAAAGAGGAACAGCUUGCCCCAGAUGAUGCAUGGCGAUGCCCACACUGUAAGCAGCUGCAGCAGGGUAGCAUCACACUGAGCCUCUGGACCUUACCUGAUGUUCUCAUCAUACAUCUCAAAAGGUUUAGACAGGAAGGAGACCGAAGGAUGAAACUUCAGAACAUGGUGAAGUUUCCCUUGAGUGGCUUGGACAUGACUCCUCACGUUGUGAAACGCAGCCAGAGCAGCUGGAGCCUGCCAUCACACUGGUCACCUUGGAGGAAACCCUAUGGCCUCGGCAGGGAUCCUGAGGACUACAUCUAUGACUUGUAUGCUGUCUGCAACCACCAUGGCACCAUGCAAGGGGGACAUUAUACAGCUUAUUGCAAGAAUUCUGUGGAUGGCCAGUGGUACUGCUUUGAUGACAGUGAAGUUCAGCAGCUUUCUGAAAGUGAAGUCUGCAAGCAGACCGCUUACAUCUUGUUCUACCAGCGGCGCACAGCGAUCCCCUCGUGGUCUGCCAACAGCUCGGUGGCAGGCUCCACCAGCUCGUCGCUGUGCGAGCACUGGGUCAGCCGGCUCCCGGGCAGCAAGCAGCCCAGCGUGGCCUCGGCCGCCUCCUCGCGCCGCACCUCGCUCGCCUCGCUCUCCGAGUCCGUGGAGCUCGCCGGGGAGCGCAGCGAAGAUGAUGGAGGAUUUUCAACUCGACCAUUUGUAAGGAGUGUCCAGCGUCAGAGCUUGUCAUCCAGAUCCUCUGUCACCAGCCCGCUGGCAGUGAGUGAGAACGGUGUCAGGCCCUCGUGGUCGCUCUCUGCAAAGCUGCAGUUCCGCUCCAACUCCCCAUCGCGCUUCUCUGGAGAUUCCCCAGUACAUACCUCUGCUUCCACUCUGGAGAAGAUUGGGGAAGCUGCUGACGAUAAAGUUUCCACCUCGUGCUUUGGCAGCCUGAGGAAUCUCUCUAGCAGCUACUUGGAGCCCUGUGACAGCAGUCGGCGAGAGCACAGGACAGCUCGCAGAGCCCCUUUGGCUGUCAUGGAAGGGGCGUUCAGGGAAGAGUCCGUUGUAAGGACGUCGAGCUCAGACCUUUCAGAUGGCUAUGGGAAAAGCUCUGUGCAGCCAGACAGGAAUCACCCUGCUCUGGACCCUUUUGAUAACAACAAUCAAAUCGCCUUUGUUGACCAGAGCGAUUCUGUGGACAGCUCCCCAGUGAAGGAGGUGAAAGCCCCAGCUGGGACGGGGCUGGCUGCAGAGAAGGCACAUGACGCCCCUAAGAAGGGUCACAGCUCCAAAGGAGCUUCUGAGCCAGACAAAAGUUUGAGGAAGGGAAGGACAGUCUUAGCUACCCAAGAGAGCAAAGUGUCUCACUCUUCUCCUCCACUGAAGAGCUCUCAGAAAGCUUCCCGGUCUCGAAGUAAGGCCGACUCCUCGAGGGUCAGCGGGCGACACGGGUCUCCCGCUCCCACGCAGGCCAGGAAGGACCACGGCACAAAGCCCCUGGAGGCGUCUGUCCCUUCAGCUCCACAGAAGCAGAAGUCAGGUUCUUCUCCAUCCUCCACGGCUGCCAAGAAAACCCCAUCGGGCUCAUUGACUAAGGGCUCUUCCUCCGGGAAGAGCCGGACUUCGGAGCGCAGCCUCAGCAGGGAGGGCUCCAAGGUCAGCCUGGGCUCGGACAAAACGAGCGUUACCAGCGGCUCCAGGACGAGCUCCCCGCGCAUCAGCCACUCCAGGAGCGACAGCAGGGCGGCGGACAGCAGGCACGUGCGCAGCUCCUCCAUGGCCAGCCUGCGCUCCCCCAGCGCCGCGGCGCGCUCCGGCCUCAAGAGGGACAGCAAGUCCGAAGAGAAGGGUUUGUCUUUCUUUAAAUCAGCCUUAAGGCAGAAGGAGACACGGAGGUCGGCAGACCUGGGGAAGACAACGAUGCUUUCAAAAAAGACAGGGAGUGUCGGUUCCAAGUCAGGCAGUAAAAAUGUGCUGGAGGACAAACCGGAUAAAGGUGGUGUCCCACCAGCCUCUCAAACCAAUGCCAACAUUACUACAAAAGAAAAACUUGUCUCAAAAGAUGCCACAUCUAACAAACAUUCUCUGCUAUCCAGUCGCAAGUCCAAGUCUUCCCAGCUAGAUCCCGGAGUCCAGUCUCCUCCUUCCAGUGGCAAGCAGUCUGCUGACAAGCCGCUGAAAAAGUUACCUUCCAGCAUGCAGGUGUCUGUACGGCCUUCUCUGGAACCUCAGUGAAAUGCUGCAAUCCAGGUGUCUUUUCUUCUGCUGAGAAGCUAAUUUAUUCUGAGCUCUUGUUUUUUGUUCAUGUGCCUAAUGUAUGUUUUUGAGGAGAAGUUAACUGCAAGUUGUUAAAGCGCCUUUGAUUCUGCCAUCAAACCAAAUAGCCACAGGCAGCCAGCACUGGUGCAAGUAGCCUAGCUGGAGUCGUUGUUGAACGUGAAUGCAGCUGUCCCAUAGCACUUGUACAGGAGUCUCUGUCGAAAGUGCAACAACUUUCUUCAGAUUUGAGGGUUGGGACCUGCCCGCAGUUGUACUGACACUGGUGUGCUUUGUAGAGCUGUGAACUGAUAUUCCUUUGGUCUUGUUCUGAGUGGGCUGUGUCCACACUGGUGUAUGGCCUUGUUCUGAGCUGUGGAGGAUGCGAAGGAAACUGGAGAGACUGUCGCUUCUUUCUGCUCUCAACUCUCUGUCCCUGCUCCCCUCCAUUUCCAAGCUUUCUAAAGGGCAAUAUUUCAACACUAAUGUUGUUUCUCAGGUAUAUACUCAGCCAGUAUAGGAGGGACUAGCAUUAGUGACGGACAGAAAGGUACCUGUGUGUCUCUGUGCACGUCUGUGUAAUAGAUUUCCUUUUUGCAUUCCAACAGCAGGAAGUUUGAAAUGUAACCUGCGGUUUUUGUUGCUAUGUCUGUGAAGAGUUUUGCUUUGUCCAUACCUAAGGCAACCUCUAGCCUGUCCUGUUUCACUACUUUCUUCUGAAAUGCUCUACUAAACAACAGAAGAAAUCCCUGGGCAGCAGCUGCUGGCCAGCUCGUCCUGUGGAAGCAGUGCCAUGGGAGAGUUACAUCCACGCACCUGGAUGGCCGUGAUGCUGUCAGGAUGGCCCUGUUCAGUCUCCUGGGAAGCAUUUCCUGAUGUGCUCAGACCCUUAUCCUAGUGGUGUAAUUAAGCCUCCAUUUCCCUAGGGGUGAUGUUUAGACCAAGUGUCAUCCUGCCCUCUCUGAGCAUGCUUUGACAGGCCCCUCUGCGUGGGUUGGAGGGGCAGUUUUCCUGUUCCCCAGAGUGCUGUACAUUCUUCCCUCUGGCCUGCCUGUCCCCUGCCUGUGGGGCUGGCUGCCACAUGUCCCUCAGUGGAAGGUUCCCCUUCUUGUUUGGAUGGCAGCCUCCACCAGGGUCAAAACACUACAUCUACUGAUGUCUUUGUUUACAUGCCCUUCUUACAGGGGAGAUUCCUCAAGUUCUGUAAGGUUCCUCUUAAGGUGGAUUUCUUAGGUCCUUUUACAUAUAUGUGGUGUAAUCCUUUUUUUUUUUUAAAUCCACCAGUUUUUAUUGACGUGCUGCAUAUCCUUUAUCCGCAGCCUGUUGUGUAGGUUGUGACAAGCUGGGCAAUGUGCUGGGCGGGCUCUCUGCUGAGUGAGGUCUGUGCCUGUCCAGCCCAAUGGCAGGGCUUGGGCCAGGGACGGUGUGCUCUGUCCCAUCAGCAUGACAGACUGGCCUCUGCCCCCUCCCUUGCUGAGGUCCUGCUUGCCCUGCAGGCAGCCGUGCCCCCAGGACACCUUGCUGCUCUGGGAUCAGUUUUCUGCUCAGCACACACCUGCAGCAGGCUUGGGAGGGAGGGGUUGGGGGCAGCAGCUCCUGGUGUGUGUGGGGCUGGGCCGGGAGUGCCCUCGAGCUGGGGCCAGUGUGGGAUGAGCCCACGGAGCCCUUGCAGGGUCCUGGUGAUGUCCUGCUGCAUCCCCUCCUCGUGCUCCAGCAGUGCCCACAGCCUGAGCUGGAAUGCCCUGCCUGUUCCAACCCAGACAUGACUGUCCCCCCGUGCAUUCCUUCGCCCAGGCGUUGUUUCAGUCUCAUUUAUUGCAGCAACGAGAAGCAAAGAUUGCAUUGCUUGCUUCUGAAAUGUAUGACUUGGAUUAUUCAUGGAUUAUUUUCUGUUACAUCCAGCAGAGCAGAUAAGACUUGCUUCACAUUGCAGUACUUAAAUUACUCCCUGAAAUGUUGAUGUUGAAGUAUUUGUUUAAGGUUUUAUCUGUAUUAAGGUCUUACACUGUCUUGGCUCUUCUCUUGUAACAACUCUUGUAGCAAGAAUGUAAUUCCGGUGGCUUACGCUGGCUCGGUUUGGGAUCUUUCAAUAGACAGAACUACUUUCUGUGCAUUUUGCCAUGGACAUUUGUGAAAGGUUAUUUUUAUCAAGUGACAUUUUUUUCAUGUUAUCAUUCACUGGAGGAGUUUAAACUGGAAGCUGGUGUGUGGGUUUUGAGGUGGUUUGCUCCUGUGCUGCAUGCCUGACUGAAGGGAAUUUGGAGCCACGUCCAAACCUAUGUUUUAGCUGAACACCAGUUCAAUGUUUCUAUCUGUAGCAAGAUAAUGGUCCUUGGAGCUCUCAUUUGGGUAGAAGGGAGAUGGAGGUCCUGGUAUUCCAGCAGCUGAUAAAAGUAAUUGAACCCCUGCAAUCCCAUGAGAAGCCGAUCUCACUCUCUUUCUGCACAUUCUCCAUAAUUCCUGAUGCUAAUUGCUGCCAGCUCCAGCCCUAUCUGCUCUCUCAGUGCAGCCAGCAGGGUUUGUGUCCCUCUGGAAGGGCAGCUCUGUGCACAGCUCCUUGCUGUGCAGUGAGCUCCUGUCCAUGGUGUUGUGUUGUCCAGCUGCCAGGAUGUGGCAUGGUACCAGGGAACACUCGAGAGAGGGACCUGCCAAGUCCUAGAUGCCAGCACCACCGUGGCUUUGCAGAUGGAUCCUUCAAGCAGCAGUGGCUUGAGGCUGUUCUGGAGCAGCUGCAUGUACAUGGUCACGUCUUAAAGUUCCUGUUGGCCAUCAGAAGCACUCGUGGCUGUGGGGGAGGUGGGCACUGCCGUCUCCCAGAGGCUGCUGCUGCCCAGGGACCUCUGCCUGCCCUGGGUGGUGGCAUGUAGGGCCUGGAAGUCUCACUGGCGUCUGAGUGUGAUGGGAACAGCUCUGCCAGCUCUGUCCUGCCCAGCCUGGCUGGGUGGCGGGGUCUGGGGCCUUCCUGCCAAGGUCCUGGAAGCAAGGUACAGCUCGCAGUGCUGGGCAGUGCCUGGGAAGGGAGCCCAGGCGUGCCCCUGCUCCCAGACAGGUGAGCUCCGAGGCAAAGCAGCGUUCAGGCAGAGUGUUUCCAGCUGGCUUUGGUUGGUUUGCCUGUGCCAGCGUGGGACCUGCAUUUCACCCCACGUCCCCAGUCUGCCACUCGCUCCUGCUCCUGGAAUUGGCCCCUGGGCGCAGGAGAGCAGCGCCUUCAUUCCAGUGCUCAAUUCCUACAGGAGUCACCUAGAGACUUUUUUUUACCCUUUUUGGGCCGUGUCUUUUGGACAGUGUUUAGUAGUAUUCAAGUUAUAAGCACAUUUUCAACGACAUGUAUUGAAGAGGCACCUUUUAUUUGUAUUAAUCACAUUUGAUAGACAAUUUGGUGCCUGCAGUUCUCUGUAACUUGUGUCUCACUUUGGGUGUGUAAAUUGUUAACCCUUUCACACUUAUCAAAUACGGAUUAAUAAAAACAAGAUGCUUAGGAUAGAAAGCUAGCAGCUUAAUUGCACUUCUCCCACUGCAAGUGCCCUCAUCGCUGUCGCCGCAGGGGUUUUGCUUUCUGAAGCUGCAACUGGAGCAUGCCCAGCAUUGUCCUCGGUGUGAGGCAGCCUGCAUGGCCCUGCUGUCCCCCUGCAUGUCCCUCCUAACUAUGCAAGCCUCUCGCCCAGCCGUGGCUCUGGAGCGGGCUUGGAGCCUGUGCUGGCCCCGCUGCUGGCACACAGGAGCAUGUCCCUGGGUUCUGCUUCCUUUGCACAUCUCUGGCUCUUUCCUUUGCAGGAUUCUGCGUUACUGACAAGGCUGCAGCGUAACGUAAGGUUAGAGGGAUCGGAGCAGGGAAAUGAGAACAAACUGAUUUCUCUUUUGUGUUGUUUUUCCUUUUGUUAGCAGGGCAGCCCGCUCGGGUUCUGCGUGCAGCCUGGCAUUGCCUGCAGCGUGAGGGGCUGUGAGCAGGGCGCACAGCGCUGCUGUGAGUGUCCUUGUCAGGGCAGCUGUUCC